GUAUCAAGUACAAGUAGGCAAUCUUGGCAUCUCAGUGAGAUCGAUUCCUUGGAGAUAAAUUCGGCAACUUUUAUGGAGGUGGUGGAGAGCGUGUGCUUUCCCUCCUUUGCAGCCAUGAGAGCAUAAAGUCUCCAGCUUUCUUGCCUUCUUUGUUUUUUUUUUCCCUCCUAUUGGCAUUCAUUCAAGGGUGAUGGGAGCCUUUUUUGUGGGGAGAAAAAGGAAUAAUCGUUGGGGGAUUGAUUGCGUGGUUUCCUAUCUUGGGGUUUUUUCUUUGCUCUUGGAGAGAAAAAGGUCUCAUCUUAUACCUUUUAUAUGGCUUUGGGUGAAUGAAGGUAUAGGUUGGUGAGGAGGGGAGCUAGAGCUUGAUGGUGGCGGCCAUGGAGAAGCGGAGGGAAAUCCGGGAGCUUCGCGACCGGAUGGACCGGACGCUGGCGCUGCCCGACCUCGCCGACGAGGAGUUGCUGAGAUCUCUCGUGAAGAGGCAGAUUCUUGCGUCGUCGCUGUCCGCCGGCAACGAUGAAGGCAAUAUUGACCUGAUUGCUGAAGCAAGGUCUAAAGAGAUCUCGAAUUUUCUUGAAAUGCUAAAUACUUCGGGGAAUGAACGAUCUUCGAAGAUUCAUGAGGCAUCACAUAAAGAAUGGAAGUUACUCUCUGUUCUGUAGGUGAAGCAAGACACGGACCAAUUACGAGUUAUGUAUCGCGAGGGACCAGAGGGGACCCCAUUUCACACCCUCCUUGCUGAAGGCUUUGCUGAUGGACCAAUUGAUGUUUGUACAUGUGUUUCAUGGGAAUCGUCUCUGUACAAAAAAUGGUUUCCACAAUACAACCUUCCAACUUUUAAAGUUGCUCAGUCAGGCUGUUUGAAGAAGGUUCGGGUUGGUGAAGAAAUUUCUUUGGUCAGGGUGAAGGUUCCAUGGCCAGUUUCGGAGAGAGAAGCUCUUCUUCACUACUUCGAAUUAGAGUAUCUUAAAGAAGAUCUUGUCAUUGUAAUCAUGAAAACUAUAUCGGAUACGGACAAUAUAAAUAUAGAGACACAUGGAUUUAGUAGGGAUGGAAUUCCUGAAGCUGGUGACACCGUUCGGAUAGAUGUAGUCGGAGGCUUUGUUUUGCAAAGGAUUACAAAGGAGAAAAGCUUUUUCAGGGCAAUAGCUAAUAUGGAUAUUAAGCUAGACUUCGUUCCACCAUGGCUUAUCAACUUCAUAUCAAGGCAACUAAUUGGCAGCGGCCAUAAACUCUAUCAGAAGGCAGUCAGUACUGUGGCAAAUUGUGAUGAGGAUUACAAGAAAGCUUUGAGAGAACCACUCUAUGUUAGAAUCCGUGAGCACCGGGGUUCUACUGACAUCGCAAAUGUCACUCCAGUGGAGGAAAGGGCAACAGAAGCCCUCCCUGACAAUCCCACUUUGCAGAAUGUUCUCGCGGUUACUAAUAUCACCUCGAACAGUGAGAUAGUCGAAGAGGAGAGUGAACAGAAGGCAUUAUUCAAGCUGGAUCAUCAUGCAAUAGGCCCUUCAAACCCUCCGGCUGAGCAAGAGCAACAUGUUGAAAAUAAGCCUUACAUUAGUCCUGAGGUAGAGCAGGCUUUGAACAUAUUGGACAAAGCUAUUGCAAUUAUCCGAGGCAACAAUGCUGGAAGUGCCAGUGUGGUCCAAAAGUUUAUCGGUUACGAUGUAACUUUAGAUGGCAGUACCACUGACUCUAGAAAUUCACACAAUAUUCCAAAUGAACAUCCUGCUACAUUGCCACCUCGAGAUUCAAGAGAGACCCAGCACACUUAUUCAUUGUCCAAUGAGAAUGUUAAUCAUAGGGAGAAAGAUGCUCUUGACAGUGACUCGCAACGAUACACAACAGCUUCUACCGUAACAAAAACUAUGUCCAUGACAAGGAGGAGCACGACACGGGUGCACGGAGAAGAGAGCCUUGACACCAAUGGCUUACAUCAGAACGGUUUCCACAAGGACAAAGAGUCUAAACGAACAAGGAAAAGGAAGACAAACAGUUGGCUCUGCUGCUUAACCCCUAGCACCACAGGAUGAUGAGAGGCCCAUUCAGUUUGCUGAGUUAACCAUUGAAUUUUGAAUGCACUACACAAAGCAGUCUUAAUUUAUAAAAAAAUUGAUAGUUUGCGAAAUACACGGGGAAUCGAACGACAACCCAGGUGGCACCUUGUGAUAGUUACCAAGAGCAGAUCCAGUCCUUGAUAAGUUGUAUAGUAGCUGUUGUAUUGUUGUAACAUAAUUCCCGAUGAUGUUUCUCGAUAAUGCAGAUGCUGGGAAUUGUACUUCAUCAUCUAAAAUGUGCAAUGUUGUUUUCAUGAGAAUUCUGUUAUGGCCUUAUGGGGGGUUCUAGGUAGGUACAAUCCUCAUGACCAAACACAUGAUCAGCUUGUUGGUGCUGAUAUCAGUGAAUGAAGGAAUUGCUAUCAGAUUUUAAUGACAUGAACCUCACCAGAUUUUCGAAGUUUCAGUCAUCCUUCAGAGAUUCUUCUGAGCAACAGCAACAGUUUGAGUAUGGUCCCAGACCAAGUUGUUGAAUUUCUUAUGUCGGCAGAUCAGUUUGUCUGCUAUUUGUUGAAUUUGAUGUCGGCAGGUCAGCUUGUCUGCUAUAGAGUUCAGUUUUGUUUGGUAUGGAUUUAGCGUCUUGUAGAUGCAAGAUUGAACAUAGUGAUAAUUUGAUGUUUUACCUUUUCGAUUGA